AUGAUUUUUAAAACAAACAAACAAACAAACAAACAAACAAACAAAAACAAACAAACAAACAAACAAACAAACAAACAAACAAACAAACACAGUGGAUUGAACUUUCUUAUUUUUAAACCUUUGCAACAUAACCUGCCAGCAUGGUACUUUUUCAACUUUUAUUUUAGGAAACCCUGUUCCCCAGAAGGCUGUCAUGAGUUUUUCAGGGGGAAGGCCUAUAACAAGAGGGCCAACUUCAGCUUGCCCACAAUUACAGUGCGGAGCUGGGUGUUGUCUAGGGUGCACUCUCAGUUCACUGUUGAAUUGGAAGUGCACCCUAGAACGUGCCCUGGACCCCCCUUUCUUUGCAAGGCCAUGGGCUUACAGAGCAUAUAUGCAGGGGUAGCCAAAUAA